GAGCGCCCCCACAAUGGAAGUCAUCUUCGAUGCCGGCCAAUAACAAGAGGUUUGAAUCUGUCUAUGAAGGCAGUGACCUUAAUCUGGAUUGUAAGGCACAGUCUGACCCCAAACCUACGGUCAAAUGGUUCAAAGAUGGAGUGGAACUCAGAAACACUGACAAUGUGGAGGUAAGAAAAUUCAACCUGGCCCUGAGAACACUGACCAGUGACAUGAGCGGCAACUACACAUGUGUAGUCAGUAACAAGCUUGGCCAGAUAAACUGGACCUUUCAUUUGGAUGUCCAAGUGAAACUAUGGCCUCUAAUGAUUGAAGGUCCAAAUAACAUCACACAAAUGACAGGCUCCAAUGUUGCCUUCAGAUGUCGAGUCAUUAAUGAUCCAGGGGCAACAAUUAGAUGGCAGAAAAUGCACAGCAGCAAGAGCACAGAAGAGAACAGGCCACAGGCUGAUUUUCUGCCAGAUGGCUCUGAUCCCAAUGUGUUGAUGCUGGACAACAUACAGAAGACUGAUGAGGGGGAGUACAGAUGUAUGGCAGGAAAUAUUUGGGGACUCAAGCACAGCUCUGCUUGGCUGACAGUGAUAGAGCCAGUGCUUAUACCAGACUUGCCACGGCUGUCUGAGAAAAAUAGAAAUAACAUCAACACCAACAACAUGGCAGAAAGUGACAACCAGGGAGAGCUGGAUCAAAACGAGCUGGACACUUUGGAUAAUUCCAUACUUGAAGGAGGCUACAAUCGGGAAGACCUUGACCCAUCAGACUAUGACCCUGAUCUGUACUUUCCCACAACCAAACGACCCAAGAAUCGAAACAACAACCGGAAGAAAAAUGAUCGUAAGAAGGACAAAAAAGGAAAAGAUAACAUCAUAAGUGAAGAUACAUUUACUUCCACAACAACAUCAUUUGAAAGACUUCCGAAAACAACAACAAAAGGAGAUUCCUCUAGUACAACUUCCUUUGAAAUCUGGACAUUUAAUUACAGAAGUAAUGAGCAUCCAGAAGUCAGCGACAAUCGACACAAUCCUGUUAAAACAAACAAUGAAGAUAAUGAAGAUGUAGAUGAUACAAGUGAUGAUAGUGACAACUCCGAGCAAGAUGUAUAUAUAGAAGGCAGCAUCAGUUCAUGGACCAUUUACACCAUUGUUGGCGCCAUUGGGGGUGUUAUUCUUCUAAUUGGACUAGUAGCCAUUACACUAACCAUCUGUUGCCAGAAAGAGGAGAGCAAUGUUUACAAGUCAACUCCGGUCUAA